CUUUUCCAAUUUGAGAUCGUUACCUACCGACCUUUCCCCUAUGAUACCUAAAUAUUAUCCCCCGUCUCACGCCCCGAAUUCUUGAAAUUGAAACACUCGCUCACCUACAUACAAAUACAACACCAAACUCUUUGAUAUUGAACUCUUCAAUGACUUUUCUUCAAUAGCCGUCAUCAUACUAAAUUGCUAAAAAUGGACUUGCACGAGGCGCAAGUCUACUUGCAGGCUUCGCUUCACGAAAUAUCCUACGCUUUCCAAAAAGUCCCUGGAAGUGCCGUUUUGGUUCGAUACAUACAGUCAAGCUACCAGAAUGAUCCCGUUCGAUCUGCGAUAGAACUUAUACUCGUUAUAUUCUUCGUUCGAUACCUUCUGUCGCCUUCCUAUCCUACCCACGAUCCCAACUACGUGAAGCUCCGCGAUGACGAGAUCGAUGAGCUCGUUAGAGAUUGGGAGCCCGAACCGCUCGUCGCUCCUCAGACGCCGCUUGAAGAAGCAGAAGCUGAGAGGCAACCUGUCAUUGUUGGACCGACGGGUCCGAAGGUGAAGCUGUCCAGCGGAAAGACUGUCGUGAACUUGGCCUCUUACAACUUCUACAACUUCAACGCGAGCGAGCCGAUUAAGGAGAAGGCGAUCCAGACACUGCGCACCUACGGAGUUGGCCCUUGCGGUCCCCCGCAGUUUUACGGCAACCAGGAUGUCCACAUGCAAACUGAGCAAGAUAUCGCCAUGUUCCUCGGUACCCAGAGCUGUAUCAUCUACGCCCACGCUUUCUCUACCAUCUCUAGUGUUAUCCCGACCUUCUGCAAGCGCGGUGAUGUCAUCGUAGCUGAUAGGAUGGUCAACUACUCGAUUCGCAAAGGACUAGAGGCUUCCCGGAGCAACAUUAAAUGGUACGAGCAUAACGAUAUGGAAGACUUGGAACAGGUUAUGAAGAAAGUGGCCGAAGAGCAAGCAAAGAAGAAGAUCUUGACUAGGCGAUUCAUUGUUACCGAGGGACUUUUCGAGAUGGUUGGCGAUUGUUCUAACCUUCCUAAGCUCGUUGAAUUGAAGGAAAAAUACAAGUUCCGCAUCGCUCUAGACGAGACCUGGUCGUUUGGCGUACUUGGCCGUAACGGACGAGGACUUACCGAGGCGCAGAAUGUGGACUCGGAGGCUGUUGAUAUGAUCAUUGGCUCUAUGGCUGGACCUCUCUGUGCUGCCGGUGGAUUCUGCGCUGGUUCAAAGGACGUGGUACGACACCAGCGUAUCAAUGCCGCAUCGUACACCUAUUCGGCUGCUCUACCUGCUAUGGCUGCUGUCACGGCUAGUGAGACGCUGAAUGUUCUACAAUGCAACCCCGAUAUCCUACAAGCAUGCCGAGACAACAUUCAAGCUAUGAGGGCACAACUCGAUCCCCGUAGCGAAUGGGUCCGAUGUACAAGCGACCCCGAGAACCCGAUCAUGCUACUGGUGUUCAAGCCUGAGGUGGUCUCAUCGAGACGACUGAGUAACGAAGAUCAAGAGCGACUGUUCCUCGAGAUUACGGAUGAGACACUCGCCAACGGCGUACUGAUUACGCGAUUGAAGAGCUCCCCGCUGAUCGGCAGUAUCGGUACCAAGGACAUAGAUAUUAAGCCUGCCUUGAAGGUCUGUAUCACGUCGGGCUUGUCCAAGAAGGAAAUCGAAAAGGCUGGAACGACGAUUCGACACGCCAUCACCAAGAUUAUGACCCGGAAACCCAAUCGGCAGUCGUCGUCACUAGCUGCUUAGGAGACAUUCAGUUUCUCGUGAUCUUGUUCACGACUGCUUCACGUUGCUUCACGAUAUGACGCGAGAUGAGGUAGUUGUAUGUAUAACGGCUAUUAUAAUACGACGUGGGCAUGAGCUUGGUUUAAGAUGGAUAAGAGGUACUCAGAUCCGCUUCGAUUAAUGAUUGUAGG